AUAAUCUCGAUUUCUUCAACAUUCUUCAUUGCCCUUCUUCACUUCCAACAUUUCCAGUGUUUCUCUCUUCUACUACAGCCAUGGAUUCCAUUAAACAAAUCCUCGGCGAACUGAACAACGAUUCCUUCGUUUCUUUACUCUCCAAGCUCAUCGGCGAGGCCAAAUUCGUCCAGAACAACCCGCCGGAAAACCUAAUUCCUCAAGAAGAUAAGAUCGUCAAUCACGUCCUCGAUGUUCUUAACCCUUUCAGCACUGCCAAUGGCGGUCCCUUGCUAAUCAAUCAUGUCAGCUACGCUCCUGGCCGUGGAAAUUUGAUUGUCGAGUAUCCUGGGACUGUAUCUGGAAAGGUUGUCUCGUUCGUCGGUAGUCAUAUGGAUGUCGUCCCUGCCGAUCCCGAUACAUGGAAAUUUAGUCCUUUCUCGUUGAGUGUUGAAGGGGAUCAACUUCGUGGUCGUGGGACUACUGAUUGUCUUGGACAUGUUGCUCUUCUUACUGAACUAUUGAAGAAGCUUGCUGAAACAAAGCUGAAGUUGAAGUCCUCUGUUGUUGUUGUAUUUAUUGCCUCUGAAGAGAAUAAUUCAAUCCCUGGAAUUGGAGUUGAGCAACUUGCUAAAGAGGGAUACUUUGAUGCUUUAAAAGGAGGGCCUCUAUAUUGGAUUGAUACAGCAGAUUCACACCCUUGUAUCGGUACGGGCGGUCAAAUACCUUGGAAACUCGUAGCACAUGGAAAACUUUUCCACAGUGGUUUGGCACACCAGGCUAUUAAUGCUAUGGAGCUAGCCAUGGAAGCCCUUAAAGUGAUCCAAGCGCGUUUUUAUGAAGAUUUUCCUCCCCAUCCUAAGGAACAGGUAUAUGGAUUUGCAACACCAUCAACCAUGAAACCAACCCAAUGGAUUUAUCCAGGAGGUGGUCUCAAUCAAAUUCCCGGAGAAUGUACUAUUUCAGGAGAUGUCAGGUUAACCCCCUUCUACAAUGUGAAGGAUGUUAUGACAAAACUCAAAGGCUAUGUUGAUUCCAUUAAUGCAAACAUUGAGAAACUUGAUACGAGGGGUCCUGUUUCAAAGUAUGUCCUACCAAAUGAAGGCAUCAGGGGAAGAAUUGAUUUAACUUUCGGUGAGGCAAUGUCGGGAGUUGCAUGCGAUCUUGAUUCUCGUGGCUAUAAACUGUUACAUAAUGCAACAAAGGAAGUUAUAGGACAUGUCAAACCGUACUCAAUUACCGGGAGUUUGCCACUUAUUCGAGAGCUCCAAGAGGAGGGCUUUGAUGUUCAUACUGCAGGCUACGGUUUAUUAGACACAUACCAUGCCCAAAAUGAGUAUUGUCUUCUUAGUGAUAUGGGCAAUGGCUACAAGAUAUUUGCCAGUAUCAUCUCCCAAUUAGAACAAGAUUGAUAACAUGACCAUCGCUGUUUCAAAUGGUGUACUACUUUGAGAGGUAACCUGAUACAUCUUCACUCUUAUUACUGAACACUUUCUUCGUGGGGAUCUGUAAUUUCUAUUCAAUAAAGGCAAUAGAAGAGUUUAAGUUUUUUAGUUUACGAUAAGUAUGAGUUGUCGAACGUUCAAAUCUCUGAUCAAUAUUAUGUUAGUUGAGCUAUGCUGAUAUUGACGGAAAUGGUAGGGCUUAUACUUUUUUUUU